UCCUUGCGCACCGUAGAAACUCGGGCGAUGGAAGACGGCCGUUGUGUCUAAUAAGCCACUGGUAACAGGGGGGCGGUAACUGGGCAGGGUACGGUACGGUAUGUAUACUGCUGCGCUGGUACUCGAAAGCAGGUGGUCGUAGUUGUGUAAUGCUGAAGAAGGGAAACCGGGUCGCGGUACAAGUUUCGAGAUCUUUGUUGUAGAUGGCGUCAAAUAUAAAAUGGGGAUCGGACGUUUGCUUUGCUUGAGAUUCUGUCCUGAGACAGCAUGUGUGGAUCAGGAUGCCUAAGACCUACAAGAUGACACCUAGAGGACAGGUCUACACUUGGACCUGGUCCUGGACUUGCAAGGCUCUAAAUGGCCUACUUCUACUGCUGUAUUUAGUACAUAACUCUAUUUCUCUAUGCCCUGAAAACAAGACGGACCCCAGCACGGAAGAGAUUGGAACUGCUGGCACAUACAAAGAUCUCAUCUGCCAAGUGACGGAGCAGUGUAAGGUAUCCUGGCAGCAAGAUGGCGUACCACUCAACCUGACGGACGAUGGAAGGAUCUAUUGCGAGAGCGAAUGUAACUGCCGAGCUUUGAAAUUCAAGUCCCUCGACUUAGAAGAUGAGGGGAACUAUACCUGUUUAGAGGAGACAGGAUGUGAAGGAGAAAACCUGCCACAACAGACUUACUUGAGAGUGGAUGAGGGUAAACAUUCCAUAGGCCCCAUCAUCACGGUUAACUCUGAAUGCCAGGAUAAGGUAGUCCAUCCGGGAGAAGACGUGACCUUCUGUUGCGUCUGCCAAGUCGGCACAGUCUCUGACAGUACCUUCACCUACUGGGAGGAUGAGAGUGUGACCCAAAAUGUAAGCAAAGGAAAGGGAAAUAUAUCAUCCUGCAUCACCUUACACGAUGUGAAUAAGACAUCUGAAGGGAAUUAUACUGUGGUUUGCUCUACGCCUCUUGGUAACAUCAUCAAUACACUCAACUUGAAAGUCCAACCGAGAUGGUCUAUACCGAAGUGGGAGAUACCUGUUAGCGUGAUGAUGGCAUUCAUCGUGAUGACUGUCUUAAUGUCGGCCCUCAUCUACAGAACAAAGAGGACUGAGAUACAGCUGCUAUACAAAGACCAGUUUGGAAAACAGGAACAAGAUGAUGGUAAGGAUUACGAUGCGUACAUAUCUUACUUCUGGUCAGACGGCGAGAGUUCACACAAUCCAGACCGACUGUACGCCCUUGACCUCAAACAACGCUUGACCAAGCUUGGUUACACGGUGUGCCUUGCAGAGACAGACUUUCUCCCUGGGAAUGAGACGUCAGAGGAAAUCGUCCAAUCAUUGACUAGGAGUCGUCGUUACAUCAUUCUCCUGUCUCCACAGUUUCUUACAUACAGGUAUAUGUCUCUGGAGACUGAGCAAUGCCUAGAUAUCAUUAAACAGAACAAGAAGGAGAUCAUCCCCAUCUUCAUCCGAGAGAUCUCACCCGAUGUCAUCAAGGCUCACGUGGCCCUCGACCACAUCGUCAGCACCCACCCACGACUAGACUGGCAGAUCUUCAAGGACUCUCGAUCUCAGGAGCCGCUCAGAACCCUGUCAAUGGAAAACGGUAACCAUAUUGAGAUGGAGGCCAGAGAGUCUAUUCAAGUAGCGCCAAAGCUGAAGAGAGCCGAAACGCGUGUAUGGAGUACUUUAAGAUUGCAGAUGCCACCCGUUCCUCGACAACGUUCCAGUUCAAGCAGUACGACAGAGCAGCCGCUUUCGAGCGUAGAGGCGGACAGCUUGAUAGAAAAUGCAGUUUUGCAAGAAGAUUCAAUGCCCGGGGAGAAUCCAGAAGCAGCUAGGCACACGCCACAUGUGGUCUGAUAGGGACUAUUGCAGGAAACCAGUCCAACCAUAUAUGGUUAGCGUUUCACCUGGUAUUUUUCAAGGAAUGCCUGGUUUAAUCUAGUCUGGAGUCUGUUGUGAUUACUAAAGUCGCCAAAUACUAGAGACCUUGCAGAGUGUUUCUGACUUAUAAUAACACAUAGCUUUAAAGACUCAUUUCUGGGGAUUGUGGCUAUAUUUAGGUUCUGUUUAGAGUCUCUUUCACUCAAUAAAUUGCCAUUUAUCAUAGACUUUCAGCAAUGUUUCUGCCUUAUACUGACAUACAGCUUCAACUACUCAUGCCUAGCAAUCAGCCUGAUUUGUGGGUUCUGUUUGAAUCUAUUGUGUCUACUGAUGUUGCUGGAGACUCCUUCUGAACAACAUUUCUAUCUUGUAAUUACAUAAUUGUGCAUAUUAUAGCUUCAACUACUCAUGCCUAGCAAUUGGCCUGAUUCAGGUCGAGUUUGCAGUCUGUUAGUGCUUACUAAAAUUGCUAAAUAUCACAACCUGUAAGCAUAUUUCUGCCUUUUAUUGA